AUGGCGACUCAAGAUCCACACGUCAUCUCGGAGCUGGUGAAAACCCUAGAGACUGCUAGCAAAGCUAGAAAGGGUGAGACAAAGUUCACUUGCAAAAAGAAUAGCUUUGUGGUAGCUGGUACCAACAAUGUGACCGUGGACUCAUGGAAGUUCCAGGACUGGGAUUACAAGCACGCCGGGUUGCCGACAUAUGCCCGAGGUCUCUUUACCACCAAACGGAAAGAUGGUGUUCCUGAAAUUGCGACACGCGGAUAUGACAAGUUCUUCAAUGUAGGCGAGACAAGGGCCACAGAAUGGCGCAACAUCGAGAAGAAUACAAAGGGUCCUUACGAGCUGAGUGUGAAGGAGAAUGGAUGCAUUAUUUUUAUUUCUGCUUUGGAAGACGACACAUUGCUAGUCUGUAGCAAACAUUCAACUGGAGCACGCGAGGAUACAAAAUUGAGCCACGCCCAGGCAGGAGAACGCUGGGCAGAACGCCAUGUCUCGUCCGUGAAUCGAUCUGUCAAGGAUCUGGCCCGGACUCUGCGCCGGAUGAAUGUUACAGCCGUCGGAGAACUCUGUGACGACACUUUUGAGGAGCAUGUGUUGGCCUACGACGAGGCUUCGUCGGGAAUUUACAUUCACGGUCUCAACUAUAACCAGCCUGACUUUCAGACAAUGCCUUCUGGGGAGGUUCACAAGUUCGCUGACGACUGGGGCUUCAAAAAGGCCAAGUUCGAGGUCUUUGAUGACAUUUUCAGAGUGCAGUCCUUCCUCGAGGGAUGUGCGGAGACAGGAACGUGGGCUGGACGUGAGACUGAGGGCUUCGUCAUCCGGUGCCAUCUGAGCGAUAACGGAGCUGAGCCCUACCGGCAUUGGUUCUUCAAGUACAAGUUUGAAGAGCCGUACUUGAUGUACCGCCAGUGGCGUGAAUGUACCAAAGCCGUCAUUGGAGGAAAACACCCUAAGAUCAGAAAGCAUGAGAAGAUCACUGAAGAAUAUCUGCAAUUUGCUCGACGGGUUCUGAUGAAGAACCCUAAGAUGGCAUCUGACUACAUGAAUAACCACGGUAUCAUCUCUUUGCGGAAUGACUUCCUCAAGGAACGAGGAUUGAAUGGACCUGAGAUUAUUGCUCUAGAGGCUAAAAAGCAGACCGAAUCGCACGAGAUCAACAAAAAUGUUAUUCUCGAACCCAUUGCCUCGCUGGGAUGUGGAAAGACGACAGUCGCCUUGGCUCUGGUUAAGCUCUUCGGCUGGGGACAUAUUCAGAACGACAACAUCCCUAAACAGAAGAACAAGCCCAAGAAGUUCGCUUUCGAAGUCAGCCAUGCUCUGGCAGAGCACAGUGUUGUCAUCGCCGAUCGCAACAACCAUCAACGGCGCGAACGCACCCAGCUCAUGGAGGAUAUCUACCCUGUUCUCCCAGAUGCGCAGUUUGUCGCUCUGCAUUACGUUCACGAGCCCAAGGCAGACAUGCUCCCCGCUAUUCGAGAAGUUACCCGCAAGCGUGUGCUAGAGCGCGGCGACAACCACCAAACCAUCCGGGCUGGUACCAACGCCCAGGAUGAGAUCGUCGGAAUCAUGGAGGGAUUCCUCGGCCGCUUCGAAGCCGUCGACAGCACCCGCUUGCCAGAUAUGAACUUUGAUCACGUUAUCGACCUCGAUAUAUGCGCCUCGUCUCGCGAUAACCUCGAAACAGUCGUCAAAGCUCUACAUGCCGCCUACCCCCGCCUGGUUCCAACCAUGCCAACGGCAGCAGAACUUGAUCAAGCCAUCGCCGCUUCCCUAGACGACUACACCGUGACAACAGAUCUCAGCUACAGCUACGGCUCUACAUCGAAGCAAAAGAACAAAAACAAACAAGAAACCGGUCGUCUCCUCCCCGAACCGACAGACUCCCCCUUCUCCCCAGAGGCCCUCGCCAAAAAGAUCGAAUACUUCAACAUCUCCCUCCCAACAUCCGAAAUACCCAAUAUCCUCCACUCUCUCUUCCCCCCAUCAACAAGCCCCGAAACAGCCCGUCUCUACAACCAACUCAUAAACUCACGCCGUCUCCAACCAUCCUUCCACGUAACCCUCAUCCACCGCGCCUCAAAGAAAGACAACCCAGAAACCUGGGACCACCUAGCAGCUCGCUACAUCGAGGCCCAGACAAAAAAUCCAGUCCCAAAGCCAAUCCAGUCCCCGCCGACCUUGGGCUCCGCACGCGUGCGCAUAGAGCGUCUGGUCUGGGACAACCGCAUUAUGGCAUUCGUCGCACGUAUCCUGCCCGCCGAGGGCGAGGCGGAUGCUGAAUGGCCGUGUGCGAAUCCUAUUCCGCAUAUCACGGUCGGUACCGCGUCGCCGGAUGUUAAGCCGAAGGAGAGUAAUGAUUUGCUCCAGCGGUGGGUUGAGGUUGGGUCUGGUGGGAAUACGGGCAUCUUCGAGGCGGAAGUUCAGGGUGUUAAGGUUGUUGAUGGUGUUGUUGGAUUAGUUAUGAGUCGGGGGAAGUAUUGA